AUGCUGAGAACUGGUAUUGCCGUCCUUGGCUCCUUGGCAAUGACGACCGCGGUCGUUACUAAUGCGUGGAUGCAGAAGAAGCAAUUUUAUCCAACAGUUGUCCACCUUACCCGCAGCAAUCAGUCCAUGCUCAUUCUUUACAUACAAGCAUUCGUUCUUGUUUUUCUUUUCGCCAAACUCGUCGGAAAGGUGUUUUUCGGAACUCUAAGACCUGCCGAAGCGGAGAACUUGAUGGAACGCACAUGGUACGCGAUCAUUGAUACGUGCCUUGCAUUCACAAUGUUCCGUGACGACCUUUCUCCUGGUUUCGUCGCUGCUUUCACGAUUUUCUUCUUGCUAAAAGGUCUCCACUGGCUCUGCGAGGAUCGAGUAGACUACAUGGAGCGAUCUCCAGUGAUAACAUGGCUCUUUAAAAUAAGAAUCACAUCUCUUCUUGCUAUUCUCUCUCUCGCUGACAGCUUUGGAGUUUGGUAUGCUUAUGAACGAACCAUGACAAAAGGUGCUACCGUCCAACUCGUUUUCGGCUUUGAAUACGCCAUCCUUCUUACCAUCGCUUUCUCUGCCUUUUUCAAAUUCAUUCUUCAUUCGAUCGACUUACGCAGCGAGGAUCCCUGGGAAAAUAAGUCAAUGUACAUGCUAUAUUUGGACUUGAUUGUCAGUUUCUCCCGCCUUCUUUUGUACGCGACUUUCAUCUGUAUCAUGUUCAAGAUCCACACACUCCCAAUCUUCGCCCUUCGACCUAUGUAUCUGGCGAUUCGCACUUUCCGAAAAGCACUGUCAGACAUUGUUCUUUCACGCCGUGCAAUCAAUCAACUUCAUCUCUAUGCGAAUGCUACAGAGGAAGAGCUGGCAAAUGAUAGCACAUGUAUUAUUUGCCGAGAAGAAAUGGUGGCUGGCACAAGUUCGAAGAAACUUCCCUGUGGUCACAUAUUUCACGCAGCUUGUCUUCGUUCAUGGUUUCAGCGUCAGCAAACUUGCCCUACUUGUCGACUUGACGUGUUGAGGGCUAGAACGCCUGCCGCGAGAGAAGCUCGUGAGCCCGACCAAUUAGCUAGACAACGAGCUGCCUUAGAAGAGCUGCAGAAUAACCUCCUAGGAAAUGCUCAAAACGCUGCUGAAGGGAGACGUGGUGCUGCUCAACAAAACGAAAGAGCGCCCAGAGCGAGCCAAAAUGAAGAAAACGCUAGUCAGAGAAACACUUCAAGUACAAGAAGGAAUCCUGUGGCACCGCUCAUCUUCGGAGACGCGGCUCUCGGAUAUUUAAAUAAUAGCAACGAUGUACUUCAAGUUCAAAAUCUAAUCAAUAAUCUGGAGCGUCAUCCGCGACCUCCACCACCGCCAUUCCCUCCAACAAACUUCGAAAAAUUAACCGAAGACGAACUUCGUCUAAUGGAAUCGGUCGAACGGGCCGGCGUGGAAGCUCGAGUAAAGCAUCUCAGGGAAAUCCGACUCCUGCUCGACGCCGCCGUUUUCAAAAUGGAUCAGUAUUUCGACGGGCCAGCAAACCCUGCCACAAAUAUCCCAUCUUCUCAAUCCAAAGAGAGUGAGAGGGUUGAGACUAUCCCUAGUGCUACGAAGGAUGGAACUGAUUCAUCUGAGGAAGAAGAACCCCAACUAGAGGGAGACGUGGAAAAUAGCGAAGAGGACGAGCCAGAAAAUGCAAACGAACUACGAAGACGGCGGCUAGAAGCGCUUUAG